AUGGAGGAAAAGUCACAGCCACUGCACCCGAAGGAGUUGGAGCAGUGGGGGGCGGGGGGGGCGCAGGACCCAUCGGCGGGGGGCGUGGCAGACAUACCCCCACCCACGUACGAGGAGACAACCACAAACGCCCCUCCCGCCACCACCCCCAAAGUCAUGCCCCCCUCCACCGACCCCACCGACCCUACUGCACCCACCCCCACCGCCACUUACCCUUACCCUACAACCAGUGCCGCCCCCUGCCCAUCCAGUAGUACAGCCCCUUACCCAUCCACCAUCCACCAACGACCCCACCCCUUCUCCACCACCCCUGACCCCACCCCCACCCCCGACCACUCCACCAACCACACCACCCCCUUCUCCACCACCCCUGACCCCACCCUCACCCCCGGCCAGUCCACCAACCACCCCACCCCCGACUCUUCUGAAAUGGAGAAGAUAGCCGUGGAUCCCUUCUCCCAAGACUCGUCGGGGACUAAAGGGCAUGAAUGGUCUGCUGAAGAGCCUGUCGCCGCCGGGGGUCUAUCCAGGCAGCGGUUAUACAUGGGCCCCCAGAAGGAGUCAGGCAGCAGCAAGACUCUCAAAGUGUAUCACAAGUCUGAGCCCGCAUUCUUGAACGGAGCGACACCUCAGUUCGCCUACUUAGAAAGCCUCUCGUGGAAGUUGCCGGGAUUUUCAAGGACUGUUUUGUGAUCCUGUGAUGGUCUUACACGACCUCUGCACUCUUGGACUUCUUGAACGUCUCGGCCCCUCAGUUCGCCUACUUGAAAAGCCUCUCGUGGAAGUGGCCGGGCUUUUCAAGGACUGUUUUGUGAUCCUGGUGAUAGUCCUACACGGCCUCUGCACCCUGGACCGGAAAAUCACCCAGGUGUAAUCGAUUACGAUUACAUGAUGUAUUAAUUGUGAUUACAAUCGUGAUUACAGGAAGGACUGAAAGGUGAACUUGCAAAUUUCCUACACAUGCACCAUACUAGAUAUUUAAUUGGUUGAAUUACUACAGAUAUUUAGAGUACAUACUUGCUGUACGAGAAACUAUUAACUAAAACUUUGCUAAUGUAAUCGCAAAAGUAAUCACAAUUACGAUUACAUUUUUAAUGUAUUCGAUUACGAUUACUUAAAAAAAAUAAGAGGGUAAUCGAUUAUGAUUACGAUUAUACUUGGAAAACUGUAAUCGAUUAUGAUUACAGAUUACGAUUACCCCAUG